AUGUCAUCUCAUGUCACUCUUGGAUUUACGUGUAAAACACUCGCGAAAGUCCAUGAUCCCCAUGCUUUCUUAUCAGCACCACCUUCGUCCAAUCAGACGCUUCUCUCAGGCCAAUUAAUUGUGUUGACCAACCGGAGGCGUCUGACGACCAGGAUCAUCAAUCAUCAGGGCAUUCUUCGUACAUCAGUCGCACCUCAACCAUCAUCGUCCCCUCAUCCACCAUUCACCUCGACCAGCUGUUUCCGCUUGGCCCAUAACGAGCAUUCGCAGAGAUCGAGCCGUGACUCGUUGAACGCUUUCACCCCCAGAGAGAGGCACGAAGAACGCACGACAGUGAUAGCUCUCCUUCACCGACUCGACUUGGUACGGCUCGCCCCCUCACCUCCACAGACCCAGUUCUCCAGGACAUCACACGCAAUUUUCGGCGGAGAAGGGAGGAUCUUGAAAACUCACGAGACGCUCAACCAACGUUCCAGAGAGCGUUCGAUUCCCACGUACCCGUGA